GGGGUAUCUAGGCCGUAGUGAAGAAUCGUAAUGAAACUCAGGUCCAGCUGCUCAAUGCUUAGUCCCACUACGCAGGACAUAUUUUUCCUAUUUAUUUUCUCACUCAGAUUUCACCUGUGAAAUGGUAACACUAAGGCAGCUCCUCAACCUCAGCCUGUGAAAUCCUUAGUUCAGCUAGCAGAGUCACAGAGAAUAGUUCCGAUAAGGAACGCUGCAACUUUCAAUUGCAAUUUAACACUAAAGCACCUUGAAACGUGUUUUCCAGCGACAUUACAUUUAACCGUUCCAGGUACAUUAGCGUGAUCAGGUCUGUGAGACAUCACAAACCCAAAAGCUUCCCACCUAAGACUAAGAAUGGAAUAAGCAAUCCAUCACACGCUAUGACAAGUUCCUCAAAACACACACACUCUCAAUACCUUAAAGUGGUGUCAGAAUGUUUACUGAAGAGGGCAAUCUAACUGGCUGAACUGACCUGGGUAGCCGGUAACUUUUAACAUAAGCAAACAGAGAUACUGUAAACUUGCUGUGCAUGGAAACAGUGUUUAUACUUAAAUUGGACUUGGAAGACUGAAAUCAUUUAAUAGAAAAAUAUAGCUUAAGUUCCCAGGAGCUCUGAAUGACCUCAAGAUCAUUCUGAAAAAAACAGAAAUAUGGGGACAUAUCCAGUGAUGCAGUUACACAAAUACUUCUAGAGUCAUCUAAUAAAAUACAUAUAGUUGCAUAUUUGUUAUGAUAGCUUUGCAACUACACUUUUAAAAGCACACUUUUCAGUCCCACCAAACAUUUUGUUGUCACUUACAUUAUCAGAACUGAUGGCAAGCAUUCUGCAGUCUAAGUGCUGCCUCAUUUCUUUGUGAGUUUUGUAACUGCUGGAUCUGCUCCUUUUAGCCAUACUAAGAUUCUUACUAGCACAUGACAAGAUAAUGAACUUUCUUAGUGAUGCAGUGGAAGUAGAAUAAAGAAACGUAUGCAAGAAAUUUCAGAUUUUUCUCAAGUGUGGUCGACGUAUUGACAAAAUAAUUUGAUUUAUAUAGCAACUAAAAUAGCUGUACACUGGAGCAUCUGCAUGUAAAGUGAACAUAAAUCAGAGAGAUAAUGACCAUGACAAAUUGUGAGCUCAGUUGCUCAUGAAUCUAGAAAAUCAUUAUCAGAAAUACUGAAACACCAAGGGGAAUGCUGCAUAACGAUGCUCAAACAUAUGAAAAUCAGGAAAUCGUUCAAUCCAAUUGUGAUUUGUUUACAAAAAUAAUGUAAAAGAAGAGAGGGCAAUCACUUUGUAACUCUGUCUCUGGAAACAGCCAGAUGAGUCUAAUGAAGCUGCAUUUAUUCUUCUCCCAUGAGCUGGGUGCAUGGCCAUGACAGAGGAAAAAUUUAAGCACCGAAUGACGCAUUGCAGGUUACCAAUGAAUCUGUACUUGUACCUGCAUUUUUAAUACAACUCCCAUUUUGACAUGUACCACCACACAAGACUGCGCUUUUAACAGUAAGGUCCUCAUCCUGCAAAACUUGACGUUCGUCCAGGAUCAGGACGACCUGUGGCAAAAUUCAGCACUAACUUACACCAAGCCUUCAGAGGCGGGGGCCUGGUUUCCGUUUAGUGCAGGAGCACCCCAUGAUUUUUGCGGCAACACGUGGAAAUAACUGACGCCCCGCAGAACGUUCCCCGAAGUUUUUGAGGAAGCGGCCUCACAAACAGGUGGUUUUGCAGAGUAAAGGCGACAAGGCCCCUGCGUGCCGCCGCCCCGUCCCCGUCUCGGGGGAUGAAACGCAGUAUUUCGGCUCUUCUCAGAGGGAGGAGGGCGCCGCAGCCCCGUCCCCGUCCCCGCUCCGCGGGCCGGCCUGCAAGGCAGGCAGGCGCCGGGCUCCGGGGCGCAGCGUCCUGCCCGGCCGCCAGCGGCUGCGCACGCCUCUCCCCUUCCUCCUCCUCCUCCUCCUCCUCCUCCUCCUCCUCUUCCUCCCCCUCCACCUCCCGGCGGCCGCUGCCCCCGGCAGGGAUGGAGGCCAUCGAGGAGCUAGCGCUCAAACCCUGCACCUCCUCCCUCUACCUGCGGCCUUUCCGCCUCUGUUACCGGCAGAAUGGCACUAAGAAGUUCUGGGAUUUUAUGAGGACACAUGACAGUGUGUCAAUCCUGAUCUUUAAUAUUUCUCGGCAGUGCUUUGUUGUGGUGAAGCAGUUCCGCCCAGCUGUUUACAUGUGUGAAAUAGAAAGGCAUCACCCUCAAGUCUUUCAGAAUCAGGACAAUGAGAACUUCCCUCGUCUAGAGGAUCCCUUACCUGCUGCGGUAGGAGUGACCUAUGAACUCUGUGCUGGCAUUGUAGACAAACCAGACCUUUCUUUAGAAGAAAUUGCAUGUGGGGAAGUCUUAGAAGAGUGUGGCUAUCAUGUUUCUGUUACAGACCUAAGGAGGAUCACUUCUUACAGGUCUGGAGUUGGUGUGACAGGCUCUAGGCAGACGUUAUUUUAUGCAGAAGUAACAGACCAGAUGAGAGCUGGUGAAGGAGGUGGCCAGCCUGAAGAAGGAGAGUUGAUUGAAGUUGUAGAAAUACCUUUAGAAGAUUCCAUGAAGUUUGCUUAUGAUGAGACUCUCCCGAAGACAAUGGGUGUCAUCUUCAGCUUCAUGUGGUUCCAAAACAACAUAGAACCCAAGCUACCAAAAAAAUAAAGUCAAAGCACCAUGAUUUUAAGAAAAGCUUUCCUGCUUCAAAUCUGCCUGCCUCGAUGAACUCAACUUUUCACAGAGCAAAUCUUUCUUGAAAUAAAUUUGGAAGCAAAAUCUGAAUUAAAAUCCUCACCCAAUUUACAUCAUUAACAAAACACUUACUGGCUUCACUGGGGCCAGGAUUUGCCUCUGAGAAGCAAAUGCUGAUUUUUGCGCAAAGGCUAAGUAAACGCAUCCAGCUCUUCUUUUUCAUGGAACUGCUCUACCACUAUUUUGAAGAGUUGCUCAGGACCUCAGUGCAGCUGCUGUGGGAGCCUGUCACUGUGGGCUGUACGUAGUGGCAGCUGUGUAUUCACUGUAGUUUCUGAUAUUUCGGAGGGGGGAGGUGGGGGAGAGAGGCAGCAAACCUUAACAGUCACAGACAUCCUAAGUACGUUCCUGAGUUCUGCACAGCUUUCAGGGAGCAGCUUUCCCUGUGGUGUGUAGCUCCUGUACAGAGAAAGUGUCUGCAUUUCUGAACAUGCAAGCCUCUAUUUCAUAAGCAAACAUGUCUGUAAAUCCUUCUGCUAACGUGUCAUAUUGACAAUAGACCAGCUGUAAGAUUAUGUGCUUCUGUUUGUUCCCGCUAUAAUGCCGAGCAGCAGUGAUGUGGUAGAGGGCUGAAUGAUGGGGGCUUCCACUGGAACACAUGCUGCUUUGUUUGUUCUAUGGGUAAUACUUGAUUAAUUAGAUCAAACUUUGUCCUCUAGAGCGGCACUUGAGAGGCCAAAUUCUUUUAAUUUGACCCUGAGGUGACUAAUACAAGUGAUUUCUCUGAGGUGUUCCGUGGUCUCAGGUUCCUUAUCACCCAAAUGGAAAGAAUGGGACUUAACCUCUCGGAUAACGCUCCUUGAAAUCUAAUGAUCAGAAGUGCUUUAUUGAGAGAUUGUAUCAUUUGUGCAGGUUACAUUGAAGCCUGUGCUACCUGCACAGAUGUACUGAGCAACACAAUUUGAUUUAAUAAAGUGGUCUAAUUAGAACAUAUAUUACUUGUUCUAUCAGUGUAGUUUAGAGGUGGACUAUUUGUCAUGUGAAACUGUUAAGAGCAUGAAUGAAAGAGAAUCAAGUCUGGCAAUUUAAUUAUACACUGGUUUAUGUUAUUCACUGACUUAAUUAACAUGCCUACAUUAUAUGUGCUUCUAGGAUUACUGAGGUACUAAGUAUGUUUAGAAGAUGAGCACAGCGAAUAUACAAACUUUCAUAGAGCAGCUGGAAUAAAUGCAGUACAGAUGCCUGAUGUUGUCCAGUGACUGAUUUAAAAUCACUGCAUAUCUAAAUAGGUGUAUAAAUAAAUAAUUUUAUUUUUAAAUGCUUUUAGAACUGGUACUUACUGGUUCUCCUGCUGACAGGGAGGAAAGCCACUGAAGAAAGAGAAACCUUCGUCUGUGGGAGUCAGACACUCCUGUGAAAGUUCAGGCACAUUCGCGUUGAACUGUGCCUGGUCUGUGGUGAGUCAAGGGCCAAGUUAUCAUGGAGAGCAAAUGAAUUCUGUCUGUCCGAUGUCUUUACAUUGGAAGGUGUUUUAGGGCAGGAUCUCCACUGCUCUUCAUCUUUAUGGUGUCUAGUACGUGUCCUGAUUGCUGCUGAGGCCUUUACGAACUACUACAAUAUGCAUAAUAAAUAAUGACUUUUAUUCCAGGCUGUAGUUACGAAAGUAUCUGUUUGAUUCUGUCAGAAUUAUUACACAGUGGCUUGUUGAUCUGUUUAGUGUCAACCUAAUAAGUGUGUGUGUGUAUACAUGUCAGAAGCCUUUUUUGCUGUAUAAUGCAGUAAUUUGGAAAAAUAAAUCGGUGUAGUAGAAGGGGGUCAGAGCUUGAAACUUUUCAAA